AUGGAAUACAACCUCUCAAUUGAAAUCUUCGGCACAGGCGAAGACCCCAAACAUCGUUCUCACUGGGGCUUCGUAAUUCAUCAACCGCCACGCACAUUCGGCGAUCUCCUCCACGUCUGGCCUAUCGACAUCGAGAAACUUUGGUAUGACUUUGAGCCACGUUUCGGUACCGAGCUCAAUAUUAUGCAGGCACUUGGUCUGUGCCAAAUCUCCACUUUGAGCUCUUCACAACGAAGACAGGCUAUUGAAGUUAUUAGCCAAGAGCCUGCCCCGAGAGAUGGAAGGAGAAAAUGUCAGGAUUGGAUCUUUAGUACAUUGAUUUCCUUGGAAGUUGAGGAGCUGGUUCCACCUGGAACUUCGGAGUUUUGGAAAGGGAUGGUUGGAUUGCCUGCGAAAGAGGUCCAAAGUGCGGUUGGUGUUAAUUGGACAUCUGUUGGGAACUGA